UGCGAGCCUAACGCUUGAGUAUUCUUGUAUAAAUAGUCGUUCAGAAGUCCCCAGACGUUCCAACUUGCUCUCUCCAUCGGCCAUACACCCUCAUCAUCCUCUCCCGUCUAUCUAUCUACUCGCAAUUCACCACUAUUUCUGCGAUUCUUUCCCCAGAAAGAUCGGCCCAGUUCCUCACAGCAACCUUUCCCACCCACCGCUCAACUGCAAAACAAACCGGUCAUCAUGGUCGCCACCUCUGCCCUUCUCGGCGUCGCCGCCUGUCUCGUCCCGGCCCUGCUAGCUGCCCCUGCCGACGUGGAUGCCCGUGGCGGAGGUAUCAGCAUCGUCGAGGCUUGCCACCAGCAAUUCGGCAGCACAUGGGCGGCCGCCCACUCUGGGGAGGGCAAGUACGACUGGUAUUGCGUCAACUCGAGCAACGGCAACACCGGCGGCGUCAACCUGAACGACUACUGCGCCAGAACCUACGGCGGGGGCUCCGUCGCCGUCAACGGUGGCGGACUCUGGGACUGGCGCUGCACCUAA